CGCUUCCAGCAUUCAGGGGCUUCGUGUUUUGACGUAGAGAUCAGGUGACUAUAACUUCUGUGACGGGACAGUUAAAAGGGAAGUUUCAGGAGUUCGGAUCACUUUUUCCUCCGGAUCCCGAACGUGGAAGGGAAGUUUUACCAUCGCAAAGAAGCGACGCUGGGCCGCCGUCUGUAACCCUGCAGCUCACACUCCCGAAGAAUGGGUGACUGGAGUGCUCUGGGUCGUCUUCUGGACAAGGUUCAGGCCUACUCCACAGCUGGGGGAAAGGUGUGGCUGUCGGUUCUCUUCAUCUUCAGGAUCCUGGUGUUGGGUACUGCAGUGGAAUCAGCCUGGGGAGAUGAACAGUCUGCCUUUAAAUGUAACACACAGCAACCUGGUUGUGAAAAUGUCUGCUAUGACAAAUCUUUCCCUAUCUCUCAUGUUCGCUUCUGGGUCCUCCAGAUCAUUUUUGUCUCAACACCUACGCUCUUGUACCUGGCUCAUGUUUUCUAUCUGCACAGGAAAGAGCAGAAACUCAACAGGAAGGAGGAGGAGCUUAAAGCUGUACAAAAUGAUGGAGGUGAUGUUGACAUCCCACUGAAAAAAAUUGAGAUAAAAAAGAUGAAGUAUGGCAUAGAAGAACAUGGCAAAGUGAAGAUGAAGGGUGCCUUACUUAGAACCUACAUAGUCAGCAUUUUUUUUAAAUCUUUGUUUGAGGUGGGCUUCUUGGUGAUCCAGUGGUAUAUGUAUGGCUUCACGUUGUCUGCAAUCUACACAUGUGAGAGGUUUCCAUGCCCACACAGGGUGGACUGUUUUCUUUCCCGUCCAACAGAGAAGACCGUUUUCAUCAUCUUUAUGCUGGUUGUCUCUCUGGUUUCUCUGUUACUUAAUAUCAUUGAGCUCUUCUAUGUUUUUUUUAAGAGAAUUAAAGAUCGCGUAAAGGGAAAACAACAACCCACACUCUAUGCCAGUGGAGGCACUUUGAGCCCUACCCCUAAAGAACUGUCCACUACAAAGUAUGCUUACUAUAAUGGCUGUUCUUCCCCAACUGCUCCCCUCUCACCUUUGUCCCCACCAGGUUACAAGCUGGCCACUGGGGAGCGGGGAACUGGUUCAUGCCGAAAUUACAACAAACAGGCCAAUGAACAGAACUGGGCCAAUUACUCUACAGAGCAGAACCGGCUAGGGCGAAAUGGUGCAGGAAGCACUAUUUCAAACUCCCAUGUGCAAGCCUUUGACUUUCCUGAUGAUGCACACGAGCAAAAGAAACUUCCCUCAACAGCAGGACAUGAUCUCCAACCUCUGGCUUUAAUUGAUGCCAGACCUUGUAGCCGUGCCAGCAGCAGGAUGAGCAGAGCAAGGCCAGAUGACCUGGACGUGUAAACCAAGGUUUUGCCUACUUCAGUGUCUGUCCAGCUGACAAGGUUAUUAUCUGCAGGCAAAGGAUCAGGCAAGGAUUGAAUGCAUAUUGAUAUAAAAGCUGGGAUUAACCUCAGUCAUAGUCCUUAGUAUAGACAUUCCUUCAGAGGAAUAAUAAACCUAAAUGAAAUUAAAAUAUUUUUAACACUUCUGAAAAGUACAAGUUGCAUAUAUUUUUCUCUGAAUAUUGCUGUAACUUUUCAUAAAAUGAAAAAGUUGUAGAAAAGUUUCAAGAUCAUGUGACCAUGCUCACACUAGACAAAUUAAUUUUCAAGUCACAGACAAAUUUUAAAAACUACUGGCAAAAGCCCCAGAGUGGAGGCAAAAUGGCUUUUGUCACCAAUGGCAAUGUGUGAAUGUUUAAUACUUGUGAUUUAUUAGACUCACUGACAUGUCCCAGGCUCUAACCAAAUAUCUAGUGUGUUAGAUAUUUCUCAGUAGUUAAUGAAGAAGUGCUGGGGGUCACCAAGCUGCUACUGCUUGUGAGGGAAAAUGGAUGCUAGAAUCAUGUGAGAAUAAAAGGAGAAAACGCAGCCCCAACAAACAUGGAGAAUAGGAGCAAUGUGUAAUCUGUUUGGGGGGAAGGAAUAUUGAUACUUCUCAUACCGAUAUGUUUCCAAAUAAUACAGGAUUGUAGAAAACAAUGUACAUUUAACACAUUGAAUAUAGUAUAUGCACUAACAGGUCAGGUAGUGUACAGAAGGGAACAAUUGGAUAACUGAACAUAGUAUUAUGUGAUUUUAUUUUAAACAUUCACUGAUUUAGCUUAAAUACAAAGAAGUGGACCGGUGACACUUUGUGAUUCUCUGUGUUUGGUUGGUCAUGUUCUAUUUCAGGUAAGAACACUCCCGUGCUUUGAUGCAUUGCAUUUGCACUUUGGGCUAUAGCUAGUAAAUGGAACAUCAUAAUGAAGGCAUUAGUGGAUAGCUGGUAAAUUUGAUAAGAUAGUGGUUUGGAUAGCUGACAGAAAGGUAAAGUUGUUUUUUACAUCAUUACAUUUUAUUAAUAGCCAUGGUUAUCCUCCAUUGCCUAACUGUGAUCUUGUCCACAUAAAGAACUGAACAUUUGUUCCAGUCCUGCUCACAAGGAAACAUGAGUGUUUGGCUUGUGUUAGGAGUAUGUUUUUUCAGCAGUAGUGCUGCGUUGUUCAGUGGGAAAGAAGAAUCUGUAGAGAAAGCAAAACACCUUCCACUUAGAAAAAACAAACCCAACUGCCCUGUGUCAUCUUCUCAACUACAAAUGCAUUUUUAUUGAGAGUAAAAACCCCUCUUCUCUUUCUUUAAAUUCCAACAUUCUCCUUUAGCUGGAAUGGUGACUCCUGAUAAACUUUGAAUAUUGUGAUUUUUCAUGUUUUCAUUUUGUAGUUUCUUUUUUUUUCUGGCUGAAAGUGUCAGGAAUUGCAAACAGACAUCACUUGUUUGUGGGUUCCUAAAAUAAAGAUUUUAUCAGAUUUUAUUACCGUCAGUUAUUUAAGGACCAGCAUUCUUUUUUUCCAUUUCUAAGUAGUAUUUCAAAUGUGUUUAAUAAAUGUUUUUUCCUUGUUUAAAUAAUUGCUGCUUGAAGAAAGAUGUGUAGUACUGUACAUCAAGCCAACUGUGUCACAAUAAAAAUGUGAAUUUUAUUGAAGACUGGUCAUAGAUCUGGACUAAUAUUUAGUCUUCUCUUACCUUAAAUCCAAUUCCUUUUAGUUCCACAAGUGUCAAUUUAGUGCAAGUUUUUGUCAAUUUAUAAUUUUGUCGGUACUGACAAGGAUCUUUUCAGCUACAAAGGCAUUUGCACUGAGAUCUUGCUGUUAAAAGGUGUAACUUAAUGCAAAGUGUAUGUGGUGAAUUUUCUGAUAAAUGUUACUAAUUUAUUUUUUAACACAAAUCUCAACUCUUCAAUAUAAGAUAAGACAACUGAACAUUUGUAAUGAAUUGAUUUUUAAGAUAGGUCUUCCAUUUUGGAUAGAAGCAAGCAUUUGCUGCAGUUUAGAAAUGUUUACCCAGGGGAUCUGCUAUUGUGCAAAGUAAAAUUGAUCGUAAGAAAUGCAACUUCAUCCGGGAGGAGGGAAUGCUGCAAGUCACUGACUAGAUGCAAUCUGCUGGGUUUCCUUAGAUAGAAAAACUUUUUAUCCAAUUUGAAUAAAAAGCUAACUCCGACUGCACUGUUCAAUGGUUAGGAUUAAUUGGAAUGUAUGAACCUGACUGUUGUGAAGUGCCUUGAGACAACAUGUGUUGUGAAUUGGCGCUAUAUAAAUAAACUGAAUUGAAUUGAAUUGAACUUACUAAUUCACCUGUGAAAUGCUAUCUUAACCAAUAAACGUUUUCAGUCCUCA